AUGAAGAAAACGGCACUGUAUAUUGCUCUUUGGCUGAUAAAGGCUCGGAUGGGGUAUGCGUCUGGCGAAGACGAUGAGGGUGGAGACAAUGAUGGAGAAGUGCCAAUCCCAGACGACCCAGACGAUGUCAAUCCCAUAACAGAGGAAAUGUUCUCUUCGUGGGCGCUUUUCAUUCUAUUGUUCCUACUUAUAGCGGCGUUGUGGUCAUCGUAUAUGCUCACGAGAAAAAGGGUAAGAGCAGUGCACGAAACUGUGCUCUCUAUCUUUUACGGAAUGCUAGUGGGGCUUAUCAUCAGAUUGAGCCCUGGUCAUUACAUCCAGGAUACUGUGACGUUUAACUCGUCGUAUUUUUUCAACGUGCUCUUGCCUCCAAUUAUCCUCAAUUCGGGAUACGAGUUGAACCAAGUCAAUUUCUUUAACAACAUCGUGUCAAUUCUCACGUUCGCUAUUCCGGGUACGCUCAUAUCUGCUAUCGUGUUGGGGACCAUCUUGUUCAUCUGGACCUCUUUGGGUCUAGAAGGGAUCAACAUAUCCUUUGUUGAUGCCUUAUCUGUUGGAGCUACGCUCUCCGCAACGGAUCCAGUCACCAUUUUGUCCAUUUUCAACGCCUAUAAAGUGGAUCCCAAACUUUAUACCAUCAUCUUCGGUGAGUCGUUGCUCAAUGAUGCCAUUUCCAUCGUCAUGUUCGAAACAUGCCAGAAGUUCCACGGUAAAAAGCUACAAUUUUCCUCCUUUUUCGAAGGUAUCGGGAUGUUCUUGAUGACGUUCACGGUGUCGCUGUUGAUCGGCUGUAUGAUUGGAAUGCUCGUGGCUUUACUCUUGAAACAUACUUAUAUCAGAAGGUACCCUGAAAUAGAGAGUUGUAUCAUCCUUUUGGUGGCGUACCAGUCCUACUUCUUCUCGAACGGCUGCCACAUGUCCGGGAUCGUAUCCUUAUUAUUCUGUGGUAUAACUUUGAAACACUACGCUUAUUUCAACAUGUCCAGAAGAACACAGGUUACAUUGAAAUACAUAUUCCAAUUAUUAGCAAGACUAUCGGAAAAUUUCAUCUUCAUCUACUUGGGUUUGGCCUUGUUCACUGAAGUGGAACUAGUAUACAAGCCAAUGUUGAUCAUAAUUACCGCCAUAUCAAUUUGUGUGGCACGUUGGUGUGCUGUCCUUCCUUUAUCUAAUUUUGUCAAUUGGUUCUACAGAAUAAGAACGUUGAGAUCCAUGGGUUUGAAUUCAUCCUCAGAGUCUGAGUAUUCAAUCCCUGAUGAGAUUCCUUAUCAGUACCAAAUGAUGGUAUUCUGGGCAGGUCUAAGAGGUGCUGUUGGUGUUGCUCUUGCAAUGGGGAUUCAAGGUGAGUUUAAGUUCACUUUGUUGGCAACAGUUCUAGUCGUCGUCGUCCUAACUGUUAUUAUUUUUGGAGGUACUACUGCCAGUAUGCUAGAGAUUCUAAAUAUUAAGACAGGGUGUGAGGAUGAAAAUGAUCUAAGUGAUGAUGAAUUCGAUAUUGAAGCACCCCGUCCGAUAUCACUUCCAAGUGGUAACUUAGACUCAACAGCAGACUUUAGAUCUGACUUCCCUCCAUUGGCAACGAGCGCUAAUGGCGGACUAGGCGCAUCGCCAAAUGAGCAGCCAGCAACAAAUUCUAGAUUUUCAUUCGAUCGUUCGCAAAUUAGAAGCUCAGUGGAUAAAAUAUUCAAUCAGGACAAAUGGUUUGCAAAUUUCGAUGAACAAGUCUUAAAACCCGUGUUCUUGGAUAAUCCAUCGGAUGCUCCAUCAAGAGCAGAUAACCAUUCUUCAGAUUCACCUAAUUUUAUGUCAAGUAGAAGAACCUAA